CAUCACUUUAUUCAUUUUGAUUUCAAUUAAAGAUGGCGGUGAAGUCUGGAAGCAAUUUGCAAGGCCCAGGUUCUGUUGCUUAUCGUAUCGGGCAAGGUGUUGGAGGUAUUGAUGCAGACUUUGUUACAACAAUGCCUCCAGAUUAUGAAUGUCCCAUUUGUCGCCUUGCAUAUAGAGAUCCUGUCCAAACAAGAGAUUGCGGGCAUCGUUUCUGCGAGACAUGCAUCGAACCAAUUUUAAGGAAAACCCCUGCAUUUUGCCCUAUUGAUCGUAGACCUUUAUCUAGAGACAAGAUUUUUCCAGAUAAAGCUUGUAAACGAACGAUCUUAUCAUUAUUGGUGAGGUGCUAUAAUUAUGGGAAUGACUGUAACUGGACAGGAGAACUUGCAAAUCUCCAGGAUCAUCUAGAACCCUGCCAGAAGAUCCCAAUCAGUUGUGUAAAUGAAUGUGGGAGAACGGAUAUUCCAAGAAGUCAGAUGUCAGCACAUAUUGAUGCUGAAGGUGACUGCCCGCUCGCUGUAGUUCCUUGCAAGUAUCAUGAUUUCGGUUGCAAGUAUAAGGGUCGUCGAGUUGACAUGGAGACGCACGUUUCGGAAACGAUUCAGCAGCAUUUAGAUUUGGCCCAUGUGCGUAUUAAAGAACUCGAGGUUAGACAGGAAAAUAUCUGCAUGAAUGGUAAAUUUUUGUGGAAAAUUUCAAAUUAUUCGCAACUAUCACAGCAAGCGCAGACAAAGAAAGAAAAAGAAAAGUUAUGCAGUCAGCCGUUUUAUACCGGCCAAUAUGGAUACAAACUGAGAGCAGAAGCAUUUUUAUGCGGUUUAGGUCAAGGAAAAGGCUCACAUUUGUCUUUGUAUGUUGUAAUUAUGAAAGGUGAAUACGACGCCAUCUUGCCAUGGCCCUUCCAACAGCGUGUCGAUUUCACCCUGAUUGAUCAAGACGAUGACCCAAAUAAUCGACAAAACAAGGUGUGGCGUUUGUCAUGUGAUCGCAACAGCGACUACUUCAAAAGGCCGAAUCGCUCAAAGAGCCUCGGUUUCGGUUGCCCGAAAUUUGUUUCCUUGGAUACCCUGAGAACUGCUCGCAACUACGUGCGCGAUGAUACGAUAUUCAUUAAAAUAGAAGUGGAGCCGACAGAGACAUUAAUUUGAGAUUUUUCUAUGGUUGAAAUUUGUUUUGGUAGAGUACUAUUGUUGAAACAUCUAAAAACACGUUCUUUAUCAACUAGCAGCACUAAAAGAUAUUGUAAUUAUUUGUAUAUUCGUCAAUAUUCUUAUUAAAGUUAAGUAAUUAUUGCGUAUUUUAUUUUAAGUUCGGCAGCAGCCAUGACUUUUGGUUUUAUGUUUUUGAAUUUUCCAAAUGUAAAUACUUAGUCUGAUAUUAAUCUUGAAUUACCGGAUAUGUUUUGAGUUUCGAUGUCAAGCUCUUACAGCGAACAGAUAAAACCUCAGUCCCAUUGAAAAGUCACUCCACCACCACAAAUAUACUUUCAUCCCCCGUCUUUAUUGAUCAAUCAUUCCCUCCAUCUACAUUAAACGAGUGUUCCCUCACCCUACACUUUACGGUCAUUCCCGGGCGUUCCCUCAACCUACAUUAAUCACCAAAAUUUAAGACGAGAUCAUUUUCGGAGAAAUUCACGAUCCUAACCUUUUUACCAUCCGAAAAUUUUUACUGCCAAAUUUGAGCGCAGUGUUCAAGUUUAGAAAGAGGAUUGCAAAACAUAUAAGACACUAAAUAGAAAUAGCAAGAAAGUGUGAAAAUGUUUGUUUCGUUGGCUGUUUGUUAAAAAUGCCUGCCAAGUGUAGUUUGCAGACAUCGAAUACGAAUACAGCAGAAUGCCUAUUUGGUCCGAAAUUUAUGUCCGAAAUCAAGAUUUUUUAGUCUAAAUUUUUUUGUCCGAAAGUGGAACGUCCGAAAUUAAACCGUCCGGCAUUUUUGGGGAUCAAUGCACAUUGAAUGGUUAUUCCCUCCAUCUAUAUUAAACUGCUGUUUCUCCACCUACAUUUAACGGGCUUGCGUGUUCAUAUUGCUGCUAGGCAGGUCUACAAGUAUUAGUUACUGCAGUGUUUUUCAACCACUUUACCGCAGCACACUAUUGUGCCAAGCGAUAUCGUCUGGUGUGUCGUUGAUAUUUAUUAAUGUUUUUAUUUGGAUUAAUUUGUUUCUAUUCAAGACACUUCGAUGAGACCGACUUAAUAUUGUCAAGAUAAAAUAAGGAACUAGUUCCUUAUUUUAUCUUGAUAUUGUGAAUAAAGGCCGCAGACUUGCAUUUUUUUAACAUUCGCUAUUGAUGGUAUGCCUCGUGGUUUUUCAAUGAAAAGUUGUGCCGUGGAACAACAAAUGUUUAAAAACACUGAGCUAUCGUUUGUUUUCCAUCCCUUCAAGAGGGACCUCAUGAUUCCUUUUUUAAUGUUGAAUGGCAACAUUUUGGAAAAACAAUUCGUGGUUUCUCCACAUUAAAGGCAUUUUUAGGUCUUGUGUAUCCAUACCAUAUUUAAUUUAAUUUCUCUUUGCGUCUCAGUAUUUAGUUUUGAUAACACAACAUUAUUUACUUUUUUAAUGUAUUUAGAGAUAAUAAAAACUUCAGUUAAAUAGAAAAGACAAAAGUAAAGUAGUAAGCAAUAAAGGGCAAAUAUAACAAAUCUGUAAUUACAAAUAUGCGAGUAGUUGCAUAGAAUAAGACGAAGUGACCUGCACGGAACCUGAUUUUGAUUGGACAGAACUUAGAUUUAUUCUGAGACAAAAAGCUGUGACUGCAAUGCUUAGUGUUUUUUGCAUCAACGACAGAACUGUCUAACUGAGAAACGAGGAUGCUUGUCUACCGCAGAAGUUGCGACCAAGCUUUGAAUGGUUUUGGAUGUUAUUGGCUUAAUCUCAUCUCAUCUAACAUGAUGAAAUUAAGAAAGAAAAGUGACUUCUUUUUUAUGAUUUUAAAUUAUGAAAGUAAAGUAACUUGUAAGUGUAUGUGUUUUGAUUUUGUGUAUGAUAGAACAAGAAUCACUGCUCCGUCCGCUGUAAAAAAUUCCUCCAAUAUUCCAUCAGCAUAAAAUCCUCUGUAAUAGUAUAUUUCAGCACUCUGCAUCACGGUUUUGGUUAAAAAUAUACAGUGUGAUUUGGCUUAUACAUUUGACAUAUAUAAAUCAGCUUAUUUCAUUAGCUAAAUCAUUUCAUAUAUUAUCUUGUUUUAAUGAAGGCACCCGUUAGCCUCUCUGUAAACACAAACGUAAAAUUUAUCUAUCAUAAGGGACUGAGCAAAAGAUGACUUGGCACCAUGCUAACAUCAAAAGUUUUCUACUUUUAUUAAUCUGUUUAGAAUUGUCCCUAACUCUUUGAUUGCCUCAACAACCAUCAUUCGUGUGUUUUCUUCAGACAUUCUUACUUGCUCUAGCAACUCGCAGUGUUGCGUGUGCAUUUCACUGAGUAGCUCUGUUUGCUUCGUGAGAAUUUGACACAGCUUCUCAUUUACAGUUUCUGUAGACCCAGCCACCCUUGACCGCUUCUGUCUACCUUCUCCAUUUUCGUCAUUAUCAUAAUCAUGAUUUUCGUCAAGUUGUCGCUUUCGGUAUCCAGUUGAAGCCUGCGACGGUACAGAGUAACAGUCAAUGUAAUUGUCAGGAGUUUUGUUUUUGUCUUCAUUUCUCGAAGGCCCUGUUUCAACAGCGUGUUUGUAAGUUACAAUUUCUGCCUCGAUAUUCGUGGCAGUUUCUUUUGCAGAAUCUUGUCCUAGAUCGUUUCGCGUCUGCCUAUUCGGGUCAAUCUGUGCCUCAUCUUGCCUACCCACGUGCUCUUUUUGGCCUACAAAUAUGCUUGCAUCUUCAUCAUCACAGGUCAGAUGAUUCCCUUCCUGUUCAACAUUCAUCGGCAAAUCGCUGCUAUCCUCGUUCUUUAAUACCUUCUCAAUGGCUUCAAACAAGGCUGCCCUCUCAGGAUGAUCGCAUUUGUUAUACUUGUGCUUCUUAAUCAUGUUGUUCCAUUUGUCUUUACAUUGCAUCCAAGACUUCAUCGAAGCUUGGGGUAAUUUCUUCUUGCUUUCAUUGUACAGCUGAUCAGCAAUCGACUCCCAGAUCUUUUUGUUCAUUUUUCUAAAAUGCUUUCCCAAAGUAUGUUGUCCGUAUGUUUUUACGAGGAGGUCUUCUUCAAGAUAGCUCCACGACGCACGUGGAAUCUGAAACUGCGAUGGCAUUACAUUGCUGGGUGUAUUCAGGUUCUCUCUGUUGUUCGAUGUGACGUCAUUAGUAUUUUGUUUUGGUGAUUGAGUCCCGGUGGGGUUGACUAUGUUGCGGACUCCAUUUUGAAUCGCAGCAUGGGCCACCGGCAUUGGCGAAAUUGCAGGCAUUGGCAUCGGGCUCGGAUGCAUACCUGCAGGUACUUGCCCAAUCAUUGGUGGUGGCUGAUGCUGUUGCCCCUGGGAAAAGCCUCCAUAGCCGGGAUGUGGGGCGUAGUAUGGAACC